AUGUCCGACGGAGAAGGAGAUUUGUUCGCUGACAGCGAUGACACGGCCGAGUUGAUCAGCAACAGCAAGCCAGAGCCCAAAAAGGCAACCAAGAAGAAACUGGGAGCCGCCGCGAAACGCAAACGUGCCAAUGUCCCCGAUGCCGAUGGCGACAGCGACAAGGAAGACUUGUUUGAUUCGGACGAUGAAGGCAGUAGUAAGAAACCAGCCGCGAAGAAAUCCAAACCCAUGUCGAAAAAGGAAAAAAUGGAAGCGCUGCAAAAGAGAAAGCGUGCUGCCGCGGGCGGAGAUGAAGACAUGGUGAGUGGCGUUCCGUCCGAAAAGAGCAAAAAAGGCGGCGGAGGAGAAUCGGACGGCGAAGACAGUUACAACUCGGCAAAUUUCCAAUUGACCGAAGACGAUCGCAACUUUAUCGAUACCGAAGGAGACGAUGCGGAAGCCAUCAAUGAACUUUACGCUGAGCAACACUUUGACGAUAUCCGUGGUGAAGCCAUGGAGGACGAUGGAAUGAGCAGGAAAAAGAAAGGUGGCGGUGGCGGAAGUCGGUCCAGUGGCAGUCGCAGCCGUAGUGAAAAAUUAGACCCCGAGAAGGAUCUCGAUAAUCCCAUCAUGGCGGCCGUUCACAAGAUGAAGAAAAAGAAGAAGGAAAAUCGAUCCUUGACGGAACUCGAGGAAGAAGCCAAGACGUUCUUGGAAAAAAUGGAACAAGCGGCCGAACUAGACGAACAAGCCAUCAAGGAACGACGUCCAGCAACCAAGAAACUCGUCUUGUUGGGACACGUCGUAGAGACGCUCACCAAGCGAGACCUCAUUCGCGUACUCCUCGAUUUGGAUGUCCUUUCCCUAUGUCGACGAUGGAUUCAACCAUUGCCCAAUGGAACCCUCGGUAAUGUCACGAUUCGACAGAGGCUUUUGGAUUCCAUUGCCAACAUGGCGGAGAUUACACCCGGUGACCUCAAGAGAUCCGAGUUUGGAAAAGUCGUCAUGAGCCUCUACAUGCACAAGAGUGAGACACCGGCCAUGAAACGACAGCACAAGGCACUCAUCGAACAAUGGAGCCGACCCAUCUUUGAAAAGUCAGGAAACAUGAGAGACUUGGCGCGGGUGCACCAUGCACGAGGAGAAGGUGGUCUGGCCAGCAUUUCAAGACAGCAAAUGGCAGAGCAACGCCGCAUGGAAUCGGCAGCGGCUGGUAGUGCUGGCGGAGGCAGGAAGGAUAUCGACUCCAUGAUCAAAGCUGGAAAAGCGAAAGGUGGGGCAUCGGGGCUCAAUCGGGUUCGUGUGCCGUAUUCCAAGGGCUUUCAAUACACGAUCCGGCCCAAUUCCAAGACGACACAGAGUCCCGCUGAAAAGGGAGGACAAGCCAAGGACGCUGGUGCAAGAGGCAAUCUGAAGAAACGCAUGAUGGAAAAGGGUCGAGCCGUGACCAAAAACCAAAGGAGUGCCAACAUUUCGGUCGAAGGGAGAGCCAACAAGGGCUAG